AGAUUUCUGGGGAUUGGGAAACUCUGUGUUCAGAUGCUCACCUUGUAACUGUGAUAUUGGCGGAGCUCACGGCAGCACGUGUUCUCCAGAGGAUGGACAGUGUCGCUGUUUACCCAACAUGAUUGGUCGGCGAUGCUCUGACCCUGCACCUGGGUACUUCUUGCCUGCACUGAAUUAUUUCCUCUAUGAGGCUGAACUCACUUUCCCACUGCUAGGAGGAAGGUCUUCUACAAUUCCUCCUCCAUCGCCUUCUUCUUCUGCUGAUCCAUCAUCUUCUUCUCGGCUGAACCCACGAGUGUUACCUCAGUGUGAGCAGUACUUCAAAGAGCAAGGUUUUGACACCAAGUUCCAAAAUGGACGAGUUAUUUUAGUUCGGCGGGCUCGCCAACUUGCCCAGCAACAGAAAAUGAGAAAGAGAUUGCAGCAAACCAGCAUACCUCUGGUCCCUGGUUACACCCUGCAAAUCAUUCCCCGUCAAAGGGCAUCUCACCAGCCAGUAACCUGGACUGGCCUAGGAUUGGUCAGAGUGUUUGAGGGGGUGGGGCUUAGAUUUACUGUGGACAACCUCCAUUCUUCGACUGAUUACCAGCUGGCGAUUUCCUAUGAACCGGAGUCUGCAUCUGAUUGGAUGGCUAUAGUCAGUAUCGGCAAAGUGUCACCAGGCGAUGGUGGCUGCAGCAGCAAUCCAACAGGAAGUAAAACUGUGAUUCUACCUGGAAACUCCAGACGAGGUAUUCUGGACUCUUUGCUCUGUCUAAAUGCUGGAGGUCAAUAUUUUGUGGAUAUCACCUUUUAUAAACAGCCCAGAUCUGAUAGUUCACACAUCCUAAUUGACUCGAUUAGUCUUUUUAAUAGAAUUGGGUCAGUCCAAAAUUUCUGCUCCCAGAGCGACCUCGACACUUUUCACCAGUUUCACUGUACUGGAUUGGCUGUCAAGCCUGGCCCUCAGGAGUCGCUACCUGAAGUCUGCGAGGGACUCAUUGUGAGCCUUUCAGCACAAAUCCACAAUGGAGCUGUCCUUUGCAGGUGUAAUGUUAUUGGCUCUACUGGACCAUCCUGCAGUAAACUGGGUGGGUUUUGUGACUGUAAGGCCAAUGUGAUUGGUCGUUGCUGCGAUGCCUGUGCCCCAAUGACGUUUGGCUUUGGACCUGAAGGCUGCAAACGAUGUAAUUGUGACCCCCAUGGCUCUGUGUCAGAGCUGUGCGAUCAGGUCAGUGGUCAGUGUGCAUGCCGUUCAGAGAUUACGGGUCAGCGCUGCAAACGCUGUCAGAUGGGAUUCUGGGGAUUCCCUUCAUGUCGAUCGUGUGAAUGUAAUGGGCUAUCAGAGGUGUGUGAUGGAUUUACCGGAGACUGUCUGAACUGCAGGGAGCACACUACUGGACCCAGCUGUGAAAGGUGUGUUGAGGGUUACUAUGGUGACCCAAUCUCCAGACAGGCCUGUCAGCCAUGUUUGUGUCCAGAUGUUCUGAGCAGUGGGCGAUUCUUCGCCACUUCCUGUCAGCAUGACCCACAGUCCCUCAGGCUCAUCUGUAAGUGCCAGGAGGGGCACACAGGUGUAAGCUGUGACAGCUGCAGCCCUGGUUUCUAUGGUGAUCUGACAUUGCCAGGUGCAGUCUGUAAAGAGUGUCCCUGCAACAACAACAUCGACCCUGAUGAUCCCAACUCAUGUAACAGCACAACAGGAGAGUGUCUACACUGCCUUCACAACACAAUUGGCCUGCACUGCCAACACUGCAAACCUGGCUACCAUGGCAACGCCUUAACCCAGGACUGCAAAGAAUGCUCCUGUGAUCGACGGGGGACUCAGGAGACUCGGUGUCCUCUGGGGAGACCCUGUUUCUGUGAUCCCAGGACAGGACAGUGUCCCUGUAGGACAGGUGUGAUAGGUAAACUCUGUGAUGAAUGUGAGGACAGAUACUGGAAUCUGAACAUAGCCUCGGGAUGUCAGCCCUGCAGCUGUGACCUCAUCAAAUCUAUCUCCAACAUCUGUGACAAGGUAACUGGACAUUGUCCAUGCCAUCCUGAGUUUGGAGGAAGGCACUGUGAUGAAUGCAGAGAAAAUCAUUUUAGGAAUCCAGACCUGCAGUGUAUCUCUUGUGACUGCAAUCUGGAGGGAACCAAACAACCAUCAUGUGACCCUGAGACUGGCAAGUGCAUCUGUCGGGCGGGUGUAAGCGGUAUAUUCUGUGAUGAGUGCACGCCCGGCUUCAAUACAUUAUUCCCAGCCUGUGAACCGUGCCAUCCCUGCAACGCACUCUGGACUCAAAUUGUCACUGAUGUCCAGCGAGCUGCCCAGAAAAUGAGGACCCUUAUCCCUCAUAACAAUGUACAGCCCACAGAUAACCAGCACCUGCAGGAGAUGAUUAACAUGCACUCUAUGCUGGACAGCCUGGCCAACCUGAGAGUAAUCUCCCCACCAAGCGUGGAGAAACUGGAGAAAAUGUCUUUGAAGGUUAGGAAGGUGAAAGAUGCCAUCGACACAAAUGUGAUCCUGAUUGACAUGUCUCCCCUCUUCAACACUGAAAUUGACGACAUUCAUCUAGAAAUCAUGAACCUUAAGAAGAAACUCACCAGUGUGCCAACUGAUAACGUAAAUGACCAACAGAAAGAGCUGUUGGAUGAGAUCCAGACGCUUUACAGAUUCUUCAUGUUGGAGGAUGAGAGGGUGGGAAAUGUCAGCAAAGCUGUAGAGGACUCCAUGGACACCAGACAGGAAGUCAAACACAAACUGAGCAUGUGCAAUACAGGAGACCUUGCACUGCUGAAGAAGAAGGUCACAGAGCUGAGUGUGGUUCAGCUCAAACAGAAGGUCUGUGGCGAUCCAGGUUUGGAGGACUGUUCAGGGUGUACUGGAGCUCUUUGUGGGCGUGAUCUGGGGAAGAGGAAGUGCGGAAGUCCAAACUGUAAAGGAGCUGUUCAUGUCAGUGAGGAUGCUUCUAAGACUGCAGAGAAGCUGAAAGACCAGCUCAUGAAUUUGCCUUCCAGACUGCAGGACACCAAGAACAAGAUCAAUAAUGCCAAUGAGAUGACUUGGGAUGCCAAAAACUGGGCCAGAGAUCUGCAGGACCAGAUCAACAACAAUACAAACUCGUGUGAGAGAGAGAAAAACAAAAUCAGAGAGCUUAUUCAGCAAGUCAAAGACUACCUGAUGGAUGACAUGGUUCCUCCAAAGGACACUGAGAAAAUGGCACAAGCAGUUUUGAGAAUCGAGCUCCCACAGUCACCUGCUAACAUCCAGUCCAUGAUCAGCAACGUCAAUAAUUUGCUGAAAAAUGCCACCAGAUUCCUGGAGGACUUAAAGAACCUGGACAAGCAAGCCAAGGCAGCCAUGGACCUGCAGCAGGAAGCUUUGGAACUCAAGGAGCAGAUGGAGAACACUGAUGUGAAGAAGAUCAUUCAGGAUAUUUAUGAAGCAGACAAAGCUCAGGCCAAAGCUAACAACCUCUUAGAGAGAGCGAGCAGAAACAAAGAUGAGACCAAAGACAGGAUCCAAGAUGCUGAAGACACACUGGACAACAUCGAGGCGAGGCUCAUGAUUCAGACCAAAGACCUGCAGAAAGAGAUUGAAGCUAUGAAGGACAAAACUGAAGAGAACAGAGAGACAGCGAGAGAAGCCAGAGAGGUGGCAGAGAGUGCUUUAAACAUGACCACUGAUGCAGAGAUGGAGCUCAGUGAUGUCACUAAGCAGUUUGAGGUUUUAAAGCAAAAUCAACAGAAUCAGGAGGUCAAGGGUCAAGCUGCUGGUCGACUGAAGAACAUCAUGAUGGAAGCUGAGGACAUGAAGAGACAAGUGGAGGACAAACUCCAGCAGAUACAAGACAUGGAGCAGAAGAUCCAGCAGCUGCUUCACAGAAGAAACCAGAAAGCUGCUGAAGUGUCCGACCUGCUGGAGAUGGCUGAGUCAAUUCGACAGGAGAUCUCCACUCAAGUAUACACUGAGUGUACUGGAUAAAUAUACUGUGAUAAAUACCAGUGAGUACUGCAAACAGCAGUGCUGCCCAGAAUC